AUGACAUUUGAAAUCCCUGAAUUUGCCAAAUUUCCACCAUUUUACACAGUACAACCAGUAGACAAAACAAAAAAUCGCCAACUUCAACUUUGGUCACAACUUGUAUUAAAAUACUGUGAAUACAUUAAAAAACCAAUAAUGAAACAGUCAGAGUUCAACAAAUUACCAAUUUUUAAUAAUGAAGAACUUCACCGUUUGUUGGUUAAUAGAAUAAAAAUGAAUGUAUUAGGAGCACUAAGUGAAAUUGGAAUUGAAUUAGUCAAAGAAUUUAUGGUGAGUAAUAAACAAAUUGUAGACCUAAACAAAUCAAAUAAAUUAAUAAUUCUUUAUAAACCACUUAUAGAAUGGGGAAAAGAGUUAUAUGAAUAUGGAAAUUGUAGGGGAUUAAUUGGACGAUCAGGCACAUUUUUUUCAAUUGAAAAUGAUGAAGAUUCUGUUUUUUAUCAAUUAGAUGAUGAGUUACUAAUAGAAGGAUUUAAUGCAGUUAAAGAACAAGGGAAAAUGAAAUUGGCUGAGAGUAAAGGACAAUAUGGGGUUUUUUGGUUGAAAUAA